CCGAGAGUCUUUCUAUUUGUUUUUAAUGCGACAGUGUUAGCAUGAUUAACUUAGAAAAUCCGUUGACCCGGAAUUGUUCUUGUGAUCUAAUACCUCGUCGAAGCAGCUGGAAUGAAAGAAACCAGUAAUGAGUAGUACUGAAGGAUCUAAACAAGGCGAGUCUUUACCAACAGACGAGAGCAAGGCAAGUGCUUGAGAUUUCUAGUUUUUUAAAAAACUUUUACUAAAAUGUUUCAGGUAGUGAUACUAUAACAUUGUAUGUCGCUUUAUACUAUGCUUAUAAGAUGUUAUUUGCAAUUUUGGGGGUCAAAAUCAGGUCCAACAGCCACUGAAUUGUAGCUUAUUUGCACAUAUUCAACUGUGCGUGUUUAAUUUGGUGCGGUUUUGAUUAGCUUUCUUCUCCUCGAGGCGAUAACUAACUGCCUUCUGUCUAAUAUGAUUUCAGGAAGUGAAUUAUGUAAACGUCGAAUUUACACCUUUUACUGUUCAUUACGAGAAAAAACGCAAUCAUUUGCGUUAAACGGCGACCAAAAGUGCGAAGAUACAUUCAUUGGCGCGAAAAUAGGAACAUUUGCGCAUAAAUCAGAUUCAAUUACGAUUUAUGCAUUUUAAUCAACAUUCAAUAACACUUUUGGGCAUUCAUAUGGGUCAUUGGGCAAACAAAACAGAAAAAUAUACUUUCAUUAACGCCAACAUCAAAGUCAUAAACACCAUCUUGAAAGUCAAUAUGGACAAUUGACAUAUAUUAAAGUGCAAACACUCUUCAUUAACAUUUUUAUGACACUGUUUGCAAUUCAACAGCAUUCCUGUGGACAACCUUAGGAUCUCUAGGAUGGAUAAGACAAACAUUAAUGUACUUGUACAAUCAAUUGAGUGUUCUUUACAUUUAAUAUGCAAAAAACGAUUUUUAAUUAAACAAUAGAAAUUCAAACAAAUUUGGCCCGAAUUUCAGUCCGUUAAAUGUAUAUCCCUAAAAAACUUUGCUAUUUAAACAUUUUGGGAGGUAGGUUUGCAUGAAAUGGUACCCCUUAGCACAUUUAGCUGCAGUCGCAAUGUCAUGUUCCGGGGCAGAGCUUUAAAGCACUGUAGUUGUUGUUUCUGAACUCUGCUAGUGAGAUUGCUAGGGCUUUGCCCUCAUUCCUGAUAUACAUCUUUGAAUUUCAGGACUCAAGAUGUCGGCCUUUGGUGUUGCUUUCAGGCAACUUAAAUCCUUUUCAACGAUGUCGAGGGGGAAAGCAUAAGUUGUGUACUUAUGGGGUGGGAAUGGCCAAAUCUACGUGGGCUGGCACCCCAGGGCUGCAAAUAACGGACAGCAGGUUGCCGGUCAUGAUGACUGGCCAGAUAUUUUUUAGCCCGGACAAACCCCGAUUCUGGCCGGUCAAAUAAUGAAUACUAAUAAUUUUUUUUUGCCUAAGGAAUAUCCAAUUAUGCUGGCAAUAGAUCGUUAUUACUACGUUGACGUUCACAUAUUUGACAGCAAAUUGGUGAAAAAUGCAUUCGCACGUUGUAGAGUUCCUUUCCGCGGUUUUCGUGCGUUUUAAUGUUACGUUCUACCUUGAGUAUCAUUGCACGGCGGCGUCUGAAGUCUCUAGAGGUAAAAAGUGAAGCGUAAACUCCCAAGGUUCAGGAAACGGAAUAUACAUACAGUUCAGCAAACUUUAGAAAUUACGAAAAAAAAAAAAAAAAAAAUUGGGUUAUUUUACAAAAUCUGCACACGUUUGUUUUACGUUGAUGUUCCGAAAUGAACAUCGGUGAAACUUGAUCUUUUUCCUUGCCUGGCAAGUCACUUCCUCAAAGAAGAAUCGUCGCUGAUAUUUCCGGCAAAGAUGUUGAUUUGCAUUGGCGAGAAGUUUGUUCCACAAAGAGCGUGUUGAUGAUCAGAAGUCAAUAAAUAAAUCUGGGUCAUCGCGCAACAUUUUAUCGCGAAGGGCUCAAAUGUCAACAGAAAUUUGCAUAGUUGUUUACAAGAACGAGAAUCUAGCGCCGCGAUAGACGACGACCUUCCCUCUUGAGUAGCUUAAAUUUUUAUCAGACCAUUCUGGAAUCGAGUCUGCAAACGAGAUUCAUGUUCGACGUAAAAGAAAUUAUUAUUAAUCGAUGUGCUAACAUUUUAUUCCCGGAGAAACAGAGGACGACCUGUUGAGAAUUGCGAUCGAUUUGCCUGAAUUCCUUUGAAUUCCCAAAGGUCACAUUGCUGAUUACAGUAAAGCCGAAAGUACAGUACGACUUGCAACGUUGCGUUACUUUCCAACUCAGUUUGUUAUUCACUUUGUUGCGUUAGAUUACGACAUGACGACAUGAAAUUAAUUUAUUGCGGCGUUCUUUUUCUUAGAAGGGUUUAGUGCGAAGCAGCAAAAAACGCCAAAGAAAAAAGAAAUCAUUGCAGCAUUAUAGAGCAUUAAGCGACAACUGUAUGGAAAAUAAAGUGUUUGUAUCCAAAAAUGACCGGCAAGACCGGAGUUUGACCGGUCAAGUCCGCGAUCAGGCCGGACAUUGUCCGUUGACCAGCCGUUAUUUGCAGCCCUGCACCCCGUCAUACACAAAGACCACCUACUUAUCGGAAUCCAUUUUUUCCUCGCCCAUGCCAGAAAAAAAACCGACAUAGUAUUCAUUACUCCAGCAGCUACCCAGGAAAACAUUUGAUGGGUGAUAUUGCCAUGGUCAAGUUUCGUCCUCGUUGGCUGCACACUCGGUGGUACGCACUCCACUCCCUGUCGCGCCCCACCAUGACAUCUGGCCGUCUGGGGUAACUGUAUAGCCACAGCCGUCGACAGCCACGCAGUGGCAAAGUAGGGGGUAAUUCUUUAAACAAAGUCAGGCCAAUUUUGGCAGGGAAUUGGUAUUGUUUAAUUGAAAAUAGAUUUUUGUAUAUUAAAUGUAAAGAACGCUCAAUUGAUUGUACAAACGCAUUAAUGUUUGUCUUAUCCAUUCUAAAGCUGUCCAGGAAUGCUGUGGAAUUGCAAACAGUGUCAUAAAAAUGUUAAUGAAUAGCGUUUGCACUUAAAUGCUUGUCUAUUGUCCCUAAUGAUUUUCAGAUAAUGUAAAUAACCCAAAUGUUGAUGUUAAUGAAAGUUUAUUUUUCUCUUUUGUAUGUCGAAUGACUCAAAUGAAUGCCCAAAAAUGUUAUUGAAUGUUGAUUUAAAUGCAAAAAUUGUUAUUGAAUCUGAUUCAUGCACAAAUGUUCGCUUUUUCGCGCUAAUGAAUGUAUCUUCGCGCUGUUGGUUGCCGUUUCGCGGAAAUGAAUGCGUAUUUUCUCUUAAUGAACAGUAAAAGCUGUAGUCACUGAUGAAAUUUCUUCGGCAACUUCUGGCUUAUGACAAGAAAUGAAAACUGUUCACUGACCCUUCAGACAGGGUGACAGGGGGGAGUAUUAAAUGCGCAAAGUUGACAAGUGGGAGGGAUGGGGGUGGUUGGAGGAAUAACCUCGGAAGAGGGAAUGAAAGCUGAACAGGAGUUAUGCUGUUUUGAUCAAGUGGCAAAUUGCUGAAUUGAUUUAGGUUGUGUGUUUCGCCGAAAUACUGUCAAAAUUGUGUCCAAGGAAUCCCCCUGGUCAUCGUUAUAAGAAAGCGUUCCAGAAAAUAAGUGUAAAGCUUGACAGAUGCCUUAAAUAAACAUGAUCAAAGCUUAGGGGCACUAUUAUUAAAUGCAUAAAUUAGUAUUCACUAUUAAGAUCUUCCAGAUCUUCACUUCAAGUAGUACUUAGAGCCAAAGUUAUGCCAGCUACCAAAGUACAUUAAAUGUUAAAUAUGGAAAAAGCAAAUGGUAUCACAUGAAAAUACUUCUUAAGAGGAUACAUUAGGAUGGCCACAUCACAGAGUUUUCUCCAGACAUGAAAGUGACGGUAACUCAGGUAAGCAAUCAGGGUAAAAAGUCUGCAAGCUUUAAAGAACUGACAGUGAAAGUGAUAGAAACCAUAACAAUGUCAUGUUUUGUUACAGGAAAAGUUAAGCAAAGAACUGUUCUAUUGUGGAGAAAAAGGAAAUGUUCAGAGAUGUAAAGAGUUACUCCGUAAUGGUGCCAACGUGAACUGGAAAGCUGGUAGAAAACUAGUAAGUGCAUGUUCAACUUAUUCAGCUGACUGGAUUAGCCUUCCCUAUGAUCAUUUUUUGUCUGUCAGUUUUGCAUUUGGGUAAUAAGUGGACACACUGGAUUGAAAGACUGAUACCAAAUUUUCACAGUUUUGUGGUUUUGGGGAAAUAUUAUGUUAAUGAAAAUAUUCAUAAGUAAGUGAGGUUGAAUAUUUGUCCAUGUGAGUGUACAUGUAGUCCUGAACAGGUGAUUUGUUACUGCUGAUCUGUAAUUAUUAAUGAUUAAUCUGGUCUUCACACACUCAGUGGCUCAGGACUCCAUUAAUGCAAGCUGCCAAGUCUGGCAUGACAGAGGUUUGUCAGCUGUAUUUGGAGCAUGGUGCUGAUGUCAAUGCAUGUACUGCGGUAUGUUUUGGGAACUACUAAGUUAUUACUGACUAAAGAGCUGUACGUGAUAGGAAACCUAAACUCCUUCAACUCAACCCCACUAUCCCUUCAAGCUUAGUGCAACUAGACUCGCUCAGUACAUCAGUAUAUAAUUGGUCUUAGUCUGCUGUUUUAAGUUCUAACAAAAUUAAUGAUGUGUUGCAGGACAUGGUCAAAAUUCAACUCUUUUAAUAACAGUUAAUUUCAGGAUUGGGAUUAAGGCACCAAACCCACUCAUGAAAUAGCCAAUUGUAAGCCCUCCAGUAUGAUUUUCAGUGUCUGUGAGUGACUUGUUCUAGUUCUAGAUCAUUGCCUUUCAUACUGUGUCAGAUAACUUUUCAUGUCGGCACAUGGCUAUCCAUUAUAGCGUAGCUAUCACCUGAGAAAUAAACCCAUUAUAUACAUAUUUAAAUAUGUAUUUUCCCCGUCUAUAUGCUUGGCACAUCAAUAUAGGAGCUAUGGCUCCAUAGUAUUGUGGAAGCACCAUUAAAAUAAUUCUGGAAGUGCAGUUUCAAUGUAUAAACUAAUUUAUUCACUGAUAUUACUUGAUUCUUUAAAGAGCCAUUUCACAGCAAUCAUUUUAGCAGCCCGAUAUGGACACAGUGAAACCUGUAAAUUACUGUUGUCCAAAGGAGCAAACAUCAACAUUCAAACAAAGGUAAAGUAAAAUCUGUUAUUUUGUCCACCAACAAGGACAGGGCUUCUCAUAGGUCGUGGAAAAAAAGGCAAAUUUUCCUGGGUUUUCCAAGACAGAUUGGUGGAAAAAUCAGCUGAUUUCAAGGGAAUUUUGCGGAAAUUUUCAGGGCUAACUUCACAAUUGGUAAAAAAUGGCCGAUUGAUUGAUUUUGCGCUGAUUUGACGAGCAAUGCAUGCUUAAAGUUUUUUAACGGAGAUAAUCAUCUGCUAUUUUAACAACAAAGAGAAAAUUGCAAAGCUUUCAACAUCUUGACUAGUGCCCAGUUUUACUCCUGGUAGUUUUUUAACAUUGGUCGUGCAUUGUGGUGUUGAAGUUUACGGCAAUUAAAUAGCCCCAGUAGCCAAGAUAAGUUUCAAAUAUGUCAUUUAGACAUGUAUUUGAUAAGAUUUCUAGCGAACUUCGUGGCUCCACUGCUGCGCGAAAUAUCAGAGACUCUGCAAAGAGCAGGACUUGAAAAAAGUCCUGUCUGGUUGUGUGGGACAAGUAGAUUUUCUUGCUGGGCAAGAAACUUUUAAAGCUUACUUGGCCAAUGGGCAAAGGUUCAGGGAAAUCAUCCUCUAGCAAAAUCAUUAACUAAGAUGAACAACAAGUGGCCCCAGGCAAGAAAAAUGUAAGAGCUGCUUACCAAAAGGACAAGCUGAAAUUCAAGGUUCUUUCAACCCCUGAAAGGGCCUUGAAAAUGUGGUUGUAUUUGUAAGACGGGGUCUCAUUGUUAAGGGAACAGGUGCACACUCCAUUUAAGGAGAUCUUUCUGGGUGGUGAAUGUUAUGAUCAAACCUGGUUUUUGAGUUGGCAGUUGAAAUAUAGUGAUUAAUGUACUGUAUUCACAUUUGGGUGUUCAUGUGUUAUAAAUAGUUGAAUAAUAUUAUAAUAAUUAUUUUAGGAUGGUGAAACAGCAUUGAUGUGGGCAGCUGAUCAUGGCCAUUCAGACACUUGCAAACUGCUCUUGGAGGCGGGGGCUGAGAUCAAUCUCCAAGAUAUUGUGAGUUUAUCUUGAUUAUUCCUUUGGAGAUUAGGCCUUGUGCAAAAAAUGUCGACAUUCUUCAUACUGUACAUUCUUUGUUUGUCUUGCUCGCUUUAGUACGGCUUCACAGCAUUGAUUCGAGCAGCAAGAGGUGGUCAUGCUGAGACCUGCAUUGUCCUUCUGGAUUUAGGGGCAGAUCUUCAUGCUGUAUCUACACUAGGAAAUCAGGUAGGUGGGAAGUGUGAUAUUCUGCCACAUACUUGUUGAAUAUAAUAUUAAGAACAAGGUUGUAAACUUUAAUGUUCCACACAUUUCUUUUUUGUUGCUAACAGGUGUGGGAUGCUGAGAAAUGGGCAGAAAUGAACAAACAUCUGACCAUUGUGAAGCUUUUAAAGGUAUAUUCAUGCUCUCUUUGUUUCUAGCCAUUAUUCUGUACCUCUUUCUAGGGAAUAUCAGCGGGUAAGCCCCCCCCCACUCGCAUGGGGCUAAUCUACAAAUGGGGCGUACUAGCAAAUGAAUUUCUCAAGGAAUAACCCAUAGGGAGAUAACUGACUGCAAGUUGAAAUCACUGGCUUUGCUUUCUGGGUACUCCCUCCCCUUGUCUGCUAAAAGGAAGUCGUUUCAAGUAGUACACUCUUUAUUAAAUGCCUCAUUGUGCCACUUAAUAGAUCAUGUGACUCCUUCAUUACCUACCCUCAAACUACUCUAUAUAUGUACUCUGAGGGCUGUCUGCUCUCGCGGAUAAUUUGGGAGACUCCAGAUUUUGAACCGUUUCUCCCAGUCUCCGGAUUAGAGUCUGAAAUCUCCCGGAUAAUCGCCGAAGUUUGCCAUUUCUUGUAGAUUUGACUUUCUGACAAUGAAAUUUCAAAUAUUUUGCGUUGUUUGAGCUACCUUACUGUGAACAUGGAACGUUUCCUCGCAAACUCUGGUAUGCCUUUGUAAUUUAAGCAUUAUUGUGAUUGGUAGAAAGUAAACCAAUUAGGUCAAAUGUUACAAUUCCAACAGCAUCUUUUCCGCGCGUUUUUUUUUUUUCACAAAUGACGUCAUGUGCCAUUCCUUGAAGAUUUGACUUUCUGACAAUGAAAUUUCAAAUAUUUUGUGUUGUUUGAGGUAUUUUACUGUGAACAUCAAACUUUUUCCCACAAACUCGGGUAUGCUGUUGUAAUUUAAUCAAUAUUGUGAUUGGUAGGAAGUAAACCAAUUAGGUCAAAUGUUACAAUUCCAACAGCAUCUUUCCUGCGCGUUUUUUUUUUUUUUCACAAAUGACGUCAUGUGCCGUGAAAUAUGACGUUGUCAUUUCUUUCUAAUUCUUCCUCCUUAACCCUUACAUAUCAAGAUGGGUAAAUCUUUUGACCUCACCAAUCUAAAUUGCUUUUCUAGAGCCACAAAGCCCUUUGCUCUUUGCUCAAAGAUGGCUCAGAUCCACCUUCUUAUGUCACUUUGAACGUCUGCGGUGCUGUUAAUGCUGGUAAAACAACACUAAUACAAAACCUGCAGUUGAGCACUUUUCAGCGCAUGCGUAGGCGUGAUCAUCCAGACACCAGUCAGGAUAUGGCCUCAAGGACUGCUGGGAUUGAAGUGGGCAUCAUAGACGUGCCCGGGGCGGGCGUGUUUCGUAAAAUGGACAUGGCAGGACAUUCAUGGGCAUUCACUAGUAAUGAGUAUUUCAUUGGCAAAAGGACAUCCAUAUCUCUGGUCCUGUUUGAUCUGAGUAAAUCAGACGACAAAGUCGAGAAUAACUUGUUUCAUCAUCUAGGGAUGUUGAAGGCGAGGGAGACGAAACACGGCUUUCUUCGUUAUCGCCCUGAAGUUGUUCUGGUCGCCACUCACCCUGAUACGAUAGAAGGAGAUCCACGCGUCAGAGCGGACGCCUAUUUUCGAAUGUUUUUGGAAAGCUUCCAAGCUUACAUGAAUUUUUAUCCCAAAGUGAUGGUGAUUAACUGUACAGACCCUAGCAACAUGGAUUUUGACGCUCUGCGGAGAUGCCUCAGUGAACUUCGUGAUAAGAUAAUCAAGGUAUGCGAUAAAAACUAUACCCAGAUGAAAGAAAUGCUCUGGUCACCUCUCCGCUCCCUCAUAUGCACGAUCACGCUUCCACACGCACGCAAACACACACAUUUCAGUGAUAGCCAAGAGGCCAUUAAAAAAAAAAAAACAUGGAUAAGACAAAAAAAAAAUAUGAACAUGAAAAAUGUUGGUCAGUGUACAUUUAUUCUUCUGACUUAAGGGCAAAACUUUCUCUCUUUCAUUAAAUGUCUGAUUAAUCUUAUGGUGGUGUUCUUUUUGUUCGUAUGGCAUGUGUUAACCAAAGAACGUGUUUUUUAUCUGUCAGAACUCUGAACGGGUGCCUCGUUUGUGUGCAAAGCUGUUGCCUCGCAUUCGUGCGCUGGCAAAGAAGAAGUCCUCAUUUCCUGUGGUAUCCUGGGAACAGUUUGUUAAAGAAGUAAAGGAAAUCAACAAAACAGCUGACGAAGACGGAGUUAGAAAUGUGGCCUUCUAUCUGAAUGAAAGUGCAGAGGUAAAAGAAAACUUGGUUCAGCACACAUGAAUGUAUUAUAAUUCUGAGUUAGCGCCAUCUUGCCGACUCAUCGCUUGAAGAUGAAACGUAGCGGAUUUAAUUCAGUGACUCGUUAUCUGUUGUUCAUACAGUUUUGAAAUCCAGUCCAAAAUACCUGUUCAUUUUAUAGUUUUCCGGAUAUUCCAAACCCUAUAUGUGUCUCUUGUUGUCAGUGGUGUAUUACCACUCUUAUUAGUUCCCUUCGAACAUAUUCUUGAAACACGUAUGUGUGUAGGUUACGUAGGGCUUUUUUUUCUGCGAUGCACACAUCCCCUCUCGGGGGAGGCGUGGGGAAUCUCAUAUGACGGUGAUAGGGAUGCUCGUCAUCUCGACUAGAGGUAUGAAAAUUUACAGAUUUUGGUUCCACUUAAGUUAACGCUAUCAGGAUGGAAAGCCAAUAUAUUUACCGUAAAGUAAUUGCUUAGGGAUGUACUUUAAGAAAUAUCUCUAAGUAAACUAUCAUAGUGUGUUGGGGUAUAGUCUCCUUUAGGGGUCAAAUAAAGCCUGAAGCACGCCUAGAUUGGGACAAUUUCUGAACAUCAACCCCGUCUCUGUCAUAUGGGAACUCCCCCGCUUCCCCGAGACGGAACUUUAAUUCCCUUCCUUUUGGUAUCCGGUCCUGCUGGGGUAAGACCAUCGAAAUCAGCCUCCUUCUUCCUGAACUCUCUUGCUAGAAAAGAUUUGUUGCCGACAAUUAUAUUCCAAUCGUUUUAUUAAGGACGUCUCGUGACCUAAAUGUCAUCUUAUAACAGAUUGUGAAUGACAAUUCACCUGAGCUUCGAGACAAAGUUGUACUAGACGUGAACUGGCUGACGUCCCACAUUUUUGGCAUCGCUCUGGCGCCAGCAAACUUCCCUCGAACGCUACGUUUUGACAGACUCAGCGGAAUGGUGGGGAAACAAGAACUUGAGAGAACCUUUCGGGAAUGUCCUCUCGACCAGCUCGUGGAAUUGUUAGUGCGUUUUGAGGUGUGUAUACCUUGGGAUGAAGAAAAGCUCAUCUGUGAGAACUACCUCUUUCCCAGUCAUUUGGAACAGGAUCGCCCAAACCUUGAUGAUGUCUGGCCGCAGACUGGGAACUCUGGCCGAGACCUGUGUGUUGUUGGUCGCAUUUUGGAAUGCCAAAACAAAAUGGACGCUCUGCCUUUUGGCUUCUUCCCAAAGUUUCAAAUUCGUUUGCUGAAGCGGUUUGGGCACAAAAGUCCAGUUUGGUAUGGAGGCAUCAAAAUUGCAGAUGACGUGGUGGAGAUUCUUGCCACGCUGUCAUCAAGUCUUAAAGCUGUUAAUAUCUGUGUUUGGGCGCCAAAAGGAUGCGAAGAGCGUUGCUACGAUGCAUUGAUAUUCGUACAAGAGCUAAUAGAAGAGCUGCUUCUCGAAGUUGCCGGAGGAAUCGAGUUUGCGCGCAAAGCUCUGAGCAUUAAGAUGUUCCACUGCAAACGAUUCGAAGGGUACCCUUUAGAAGAGGUGCAUGGUGCACUAAGGAAAAAUGGACCGAACGCCAGAAUUGUCCUUGAAAGCUGUGGUGUGAAUGAACUAGCUGUGGACGUCGAAUACUGUGGAAUAAGGAGAUUUGUUUAUGCCCCCGACCACAUCACUCACAUGACUCUUAGGGACAGAAGGGAACUUGCUAGACUCCUGGAUGAUGACAGUAAAUCAAAUUUAAGUUCAUUGAAAGAGGAACUGCCAGUCGGUUCAGUUCCGGUGGAAAAUGAAGACACGGCACCUUCAGGUACUGAGACUUAAACAAUAGCCACAGUUUAAUAGUCCUGCCGUCAAUGUGUCAGUUUUUGUCCAUAAUACAGUUGAACCUUUUAACCUCAAGCUUAAGCCAAGCGUCCAGUUCCUCUUAUGUCGUAGGACGGAAGCUUAUCAGGCGCACGAGGGAGACACGCGAGGGAAGAGCUCACUCUCCCCUCGUAUGCCCCCGUUUUUUUCAUAACCCUAUGAACGCAGGCUAAGUUGAGUGUACAACUACAACAGUGUCAAACCUUGGAUCCCAUGAGCUUGUUAGGUACUAGCAUUGUUUCGUGCCUCUCCCACCUCGCGCCAUCAGUCUCGCGCGUGGCCAUUUGCGUGUCUCGCGUUUUGCUCGAUCGUAGUCUAAAUUAGCUCAGCAUUAUUUUAUUUCGCACACGUCAGAUCUUUAGGGACCUUAAGCAACGACGAAGACGACGACAACAACAACGUCAAAGAAAAAUUGCUUUUAUGAGCAAAACAACUGCUCUGCACGUGCAUCACGCUUUUUAGUACAUUUCUCUGACGUCCACUGCACGGCUACAACGUGAAACCUCCCAAUGCGCCGACGUUUUAUGGAGGACGUGGUCAUACUACGACAAAUUUUCCCUUCUCUAUUUGAACAUGGAUAAAGCCCUCAAGAAUUCAACUCCAGGAAAAAUCUCCUACAUUUGACGAAUUGAGCGGUUCCAAAUAGACGCUUUAAAGUUUGAAAGGACGUAAAUUCAUUUUUUAGUGAUGUUUUCACUGCCGUCGUCGUCGUCGCUGCUUAAGGUCUCUAUUGCUGACAAGCAACUUUAGUGACGACAUUUCUACGCAGAUCUAACAGAAAGUGCCGUCAUUGCAUUAACCACCAAGUACUAAGUGAGGACAUUGUAUCUCUACGUUCCGACUGCCUUUUAUACGUGGUCCUACGAGCCACUCAAGGGGCGGUUAAAGGUUGAACUCUCUACCUUUCAAUCAACAGACCAGUCAGUGUGCCCUAUCAUCUGUGCUCAGCCAUACUAGAUAGAGAGAUAAAGAGAACCUUAUAGUCCUUACUUAUUUUCUCUUUGUUUUAUAGGUUUUACCAGUGUGAUUCCCAAUAGUGAAACAGAUCACUAUCUCUCUCGGUGCGCUGUUCACACCGAGGUAACGGCCAGACUCUUAAUGGAAGCACUGGAACGAAUGAACCAAUACCAAGCUGCCGAUGUGGUGGGAAGAUGGCUUAGGAACAUGGAAAUAUCCGAGCAGGACACCUCAGGAUAUAGAACAAGAGGGGAAAGCAGUGCAUCUGAAGGAAGCCCCUUUGUAAGGUCACGAAGACGCGGAACUAGCGAAGCUUCUGAAAACUGGGAUGUGUUUUCAAGGAGUAGAGGAGGUAGUAAUGCAUCUGAAGGGAGUUCCGGCUUGAUGGGAUCAGAGAAUAGUGUGAAUAGUGCAAGGGAAAUACCACAUCGCAGAUUUGACUCGUCGAGACAAGGCUCGUUCGGAUUAUAUCAGGACUUACCGAGAACCGUUCGUGCUUCUUCGUAUGGAAGUGCAACAUUAAGACAACCGUUUACACGCAGAGUACGAACCACAAGUGCUCCGUCUGAACACAGCUACGCAUGCUCAGCUGAAGAAUCGUAUUACUCUAGAUCCGUUGGCAGACUUUCUUGUGAAGAAUCACAGCGUGGUUCAACAGAACAGAUCGUGCCCGAACCUCAGUCUCGUUGCUUCUUAGAUGCCUGUAGGAACUGCGAUCAUUGCGCCCAAAAAUUGCCUUUGCAAGAAACAGAAAUUCCCAAGCCGUGCGGGCAGUAUCCUACUCCUGACACCAUGCAGUUCGCUCAGUGUACAAACAGUGGAGGUACUGAACCUGAACUCUUAUCAAGUCCAAUGCAAGUUUCGAAUAGUGAUGACAAUCAGGAGCAGACUUCUAAAGAGGAACAACUUUCAGUCGAUGAAACAGGUGAACCAGAUAUGAAAUCCAGUUUCCCUCUCAGGAAUUUUGUUGCUGACCUUUCAUCGAGGUUAAGUCUUAGCUGGAGACCAGUUGCGCUUGACCUUGGGUUCAGGAACUCCGACCUUGGUCGUUUCGAAGAGUCAAGCUUACUUCGCAUUCAAGCGAGCAAGAUGUUGGAAAACUGGUUAACUAACAACAGAUGCACCUUAGAUUGCAAGCAAUGUGAGCAGGUAAUUAAAGAAAGACUCGCUGAAGCGUUUGAGAACGCACAUCGAGCAGAUUUGAAAGACUUUUUGAUGCAUCAGUUGAAGGAAACGUGAGGAGGUUAUAUGAUACAACGACCUUUUCCGUACCUCUAUAUUACGGACAGGUCUAUUGGCCCUAAAGAAACUGAACCUCAUGCAUGGAUGGAAGAAUGAAAUGAAAUGUCGCAGAUGAGAGUACAACGGACAUGUUCACUUCUCAGUAUGUAUUAACAUGCUAACAGUAAGCUUCGGCGUCAGUAUACAAUGGCGCCACAUGGCAACCGCUAUCCGGGGUCCAUUUGUUAAUGAGCUUACUUCAACCCACCCAGCCAUUAUAUGAAUAAUGUGUGUAAUGGAUCGUAAUGAGGUAGACCACACUAUCGGGGAAUCGAAGCUUGUCAUAGUACAGUUAUACAUGGCCCGGCCUGGCCUUGGAGGCUCGAAAACUCCCCAAGGCGGACAUUUUGGCUGAAAGCCCAAGCUCAUCCAAAAUUUCGCAUGCAGAAUUGUUUUAGGCUUAACACCACGACCACAUCACUGAAAGCCUGAAAUUUCUGAUGUGGCUUAGCAUGAAUGAUAGACUGCUUUUAAAUGAUCUAGCAAUGGUUCAUGAGUGUUCACGACCAGAUACCCAGCUACCUUACUGGAAAAUUUAUUCAGCGUUCGAAGAUUCACGACAGAAACACUAGACGCAGUGGGGAAUUACAUCUACCGAUGUGUAGGCUACGAUCAUUUCCUUUUCGAGGUGUAAAGUUGUUUAACAAUAUCCCAAUCGAGAUUAAGCAAAUUUCUGAUGUAAAAAAGUUUUAGGCAAAGGUCUGUAAUUAUUUGUUAAGUUUGUAAAUAUCUAGUCUUAGUACAUUAUGCAUUUUAAUAUUCUUUUAGGUUUUAAUAAUGGGAUAUUCCUGUAGUUGGUCUUUAGUAUUCAGAAUAUUGACAGCGGAAGAGC